AUGGUGACGGUGCGCAGGCCGUGGCCCGCCACGGCCACAGUGCUGCUGGCCCUGCUCUUCUGCCUGGGGGCGCUGGUCGACGCCCACCCCGCCAAGCCCGAGGCUCCCGGCGCACUCGCCUCCCCGGAGGAGCUGAAGCGCUACUACCUCUCUCUGCGCCACUACCUCAACCUGAUCACUCGGCAGCGAUAUGGGAAACGUGACAUCUCGGAAGCUCUCCUCUCCGGACUGCUCUUCCCGGAUCUCGAGGACCGACCCGUCAAGUCGCGGCCAGAAGGCGCCUACCUGUGGUGA